UUGAAGCUUUGGAUCUCGCAGAUUAAGGAGCUUCAGAGAGAGGGAGAGAGAGAGAGAGAGAGAGAGAGAAAGGGGGGCUCUAGGGUUUCUGCAGUUUCUGGUUCAGUCUCACCUUCCUCUCAAAGGGUUUUAAUCUCUCUCUCUGCUUCAUUUGGUAGCUGGCAUUGAGGGUGUGAGAUUAGAGAAAAUGUAUAGCGGAUCUAGCGAUGGUGAGAGUCACGAUACAUCGACGCAGAGGAAGAUCCCUCCGGCAUCAUCGAUGCUUUGGGUUAGAAAUCUACGACGGUAUAUUGGUUCCGGCGCUGGAUUAGGAUCCGAAGCUCUAAUGGAGCUUGAGACGAAGAGAAUAUUGCUUGAGAUAUUCAAAGAGAAGCAACAGAAAAGCCAAGAAGCAGGCACCAUACCGAGUUUCUACAAGAAGAAACCAGAAAAUGGAUCUAUUAGUCAAAGGGUACAGAAGCUUGCAAAAUACCGCUUCUUGAAGAAACAAUCGGAUCUUUUGUUAAAUGCCGAUGAUUUGGCGGCUAUGUGGGUUUGUUUGAGAGAAAAUUGUGUGAUUGAUGAUGCCACUGGUGCUGAAAAGAUGAACUAUGAAGACUUCUGUCAUAUUUCCUCUGUAUGUACAGAACAAAUCGGUCCCAAAUGUCGCCGGUUUUUUAGCCCAUCCAAUUUCAUGAAGUUUGAGAAGGACGAGGCUGGGAGGAUCGCCAUUUUACCAUUUUAUCUUUAUGUGAUGCGCACGGUGUCACUUACACAAGCUAGGAUUGAUAUGAGUGAGCUUGACGAAGACUCUGAUGGUUUCCUUCAAUCUGAUGAUAUGGAGUCCUACAUUGGUGGUCUAAUCCCUAAUCUGGCACAAUUGAGGGACAUGCCUCCAGCCUUUAAUCAAAUGUAUUGUCGCAUAGCUGCACAAAAGUUUUUCUUCUUCUGUGAUCCCCACAGGCGAGGAAGAGCCUGUAUUAAGAAGAUACUUCUUAGUAACUGUCUGCAGGAACUAAUGGAAUUGCAUCAGGAAAGCGAGGAGGAGGUCACAGACACUGAACAGGCAGAAAAUUGGUUCUCUUUGACUUCAGCUCAACGCAUAUGUGAUAUGUUUCUCGCACUUGAUAAAGAUAUGAGUGGAUCGUUGAGCAAACAAGAACUCAAAGAAUAUGCUGAUGGGACCCUAACUGGGAUUUUCAUCGAAAGAGUGUUCGAUGAGCAUGUCCGGCGUGGUAAAAGUGGCGCAGGCAAUUCCCGGGAAAUGGACUUCGACAGUUUCCUUGAUUUUGUUCUUGCUUUGGAGAAUAAAGACACUCCAGAGGGCUUAACAUAUUUAUUCCGUUGUCUUGAUCUCCAAGGGAGAGGCUUUCUCACUACUGCUGAUAUUCACUCUCUCUUCAGAGAUGUUCACCAGAAAUGGAUAGAAGGUGGGAACUAUGAAUUGUGCAUAGAGGAUGUCCGGGAUGAGAUCUGGGACAUGGUAAAGCCAUCUGACCCGUUAAAGAUCACACUGGGUGAUCUCUUGGGAUGUAAACAAGGUGGAACCGUUGCGAGCAUGCUUAUAGAUGUGCGAGGCUUCUGGGCUCAUGACAACCGUGAGAACCUUCUUCAAGAAGAAGAAGAACCACCUGAGGAAGAGUCUCAGUGAUAAUGUUAUUUCCUGUGUCUACCUAAAAAAUGCUAAUCAUUAAGAGCAAAAGUCUCCACUAGUGAACAGUCACAUCUCCACUCUUAUCUGUGUGUAUGUUUUAAGAAGCUUAUUAUUAGUUGGUGACGUUUAAUGAAAGAAAUGGCUGUUUAUAUU